AUGGCUUCAAGUUUAUAUGAUGAUUUAGAUGUUUUGGACGGAACACCACUUGAUAAUUUGGCAUCCUCGUCGAAUGACUCAUCGGAUAAGUCAGGAAGCGUUCCGUUAGUCGGUCUACGUGUCACUGCCAAUUGGUCUGAAAAUGAUACUGCCUCGGGGGGUCAGUAUGGUACAAAUGCUUCAGCUUCUGCAAAUUCUACUUCCAGUCUCAAAUUAAUGCAAUCUCACAUGGCUGUGAAGCGUGCUCAAGGCCGACGUCCUAUAAUGGAUGCCUCCAACACUCAGUGGAGUUCUCGUACAACAUUAGCUCCAGUUGUCGAUUUGAAACAACGCGUAGCACAUGUAGAUGGUUCCUAUAGAUUCAAUCAGUUAACUGGACGGCUAGAACGAUGUUCAUCAGGAACUACUGGAGCUAUGACAAAUGGUCUUUUAUUUGGAGAGCCUAAUUUACCUUUGGGUGUAUCAGACGAAUAUAAUCCUUUAAUUCCAAAUGAGUAUGAAGAAUUAGCACGUAUUAAACGUGAACGCAGACGUGCUGAGGAAUCAGCACUUGCUGACAGACAUCAUCGGUUAGAUCCUUUCGGUAUGAAUGAUCCUACCGGUAUGUGUCGGCGUUUCGAAUAUUCAGACGAUGAAGAAGACGAAGGUGAAGGUUUCACUGCUGCCUCUGGUGGAAGGACUUCUUCACAACCUACUAAAGGUGCAGCUAUUGCACCUCCAUCUGUUCUACUAGAAGAUGUUACUAUCGCUCCUGGAACAAAUGGAUCUCAGAACUCUGAUUCACAGGCUAAUGCUGAAGACGCUGAUGUCAGUGCGACAAGUAGCAAAUUUGGAAUUAAUGUUGUUGCCGCAAAAAUGAUGGCUAAAAUGGGUUAUCGAGAAGGUCAAGGUUUGGGCAGAGAAAGUCAAGGCAUGUCUACUGCAUUAGUCGUUGAGAAAACUAGUCGACGUGGUGGUAAAAUUAUUCACGAGAAAGAUCAACAACGUCAACAACAAACAAAUCCUCCGACUGGUAAUAAUAAUUCCAAUUUGCCGAAUUAUUUAAAUCCAAAUGUUGAAGAAACAUUUAAUAGUCUACCUUUACCAGAACAUCGUAGUUGCGUUAUCCUAUUACGUAAUAUGUGUGGUCCAGGUGAAGUAGACGAUGAUCUAGAACCUGAAACAGCAGAAGAAUGUGCUAAAUAUGGUAAAGUUGUAAUGUGUAUGAUCUAUGAAUUACCUGAAGCACCGGAUGAUGAAGUUGUUCGAAUUUUUGUUGAAUUCGACUCCGAAGAAGCAGCAACAAAAGCUGUACUUGAUUUAAAUGGUCGAUUCUUUGCUGGACGUGUUGUCAAAGCUGGAUUUUAUGAUGCAGAGAAAUUCAGAAAUCUUGAACUCGCUGAUGCACCAUUGUCUACAUAA